UUGGAAUCGGAUUCAACACACCUUUUGAAAAUCCGAAGUAGAUUUCUGGAAGACCAUCAUGUCUCAGGGAACUGAUGUCGAGCUGAGCGAUGAGGUUGAGCUGAUUGACGAUGGAAUGAAUGAGAGCGCAGGACCCAAGCAUUGCUGUUACUGCUAAUGUAAUGUCAGCUGUACAUGAUGAGCGGCCAAAGAAAUCGUUGACUCAGAUUGCACGAGCGAUCGAACACUUAGGAUCCACUGAGGUGUUGGAGCCGCUUACAUUAGUUGCUCUACUGUUGCCGUCUUCCAGAGACGGUGCCGAGCAGUUGCUGAACCUGAUGGCGCAACAGUGCAGCGCUAAGGAGGUGGUUAUGGCGACGAAGGAGGCCCUAGAGCACUUAGCACUCUCCUUGGAUGGUGAUGAUGAGACGGAGGCUGUUCCAGACACAAAUUCCGGCGCCACUCAGCUUGAGCGCGGCUUGCGACUUUAUAUCCGAUCCGUUCCACGCCUUCCGAAGCGCAAAAAAUCAGCGAGCGAGGUCCUACAACCCCUAGUUUCCGAGCUCGAAGCCUUAAAUAUGCGGAUUGGAGGCACGGCUUCUGCAGAAGAAAGUCGUGCACUUAUAUCCUCGGCGUCUGAGUUAGCAACGUCGAUAUACGCAUCGGUAGAAUCGGAUACCACUGUUGACAUCAAACUUCUAUCCGAAGUCAAGGCCAUCCUGUACUCGUUCCUCAGUUCGGUGAUCGAAGCUUUUAUAGAUGCCGUGAAGGAGGAUCUCGCGACGAAGGCGUUUGCGGCACACUUCCCGAGAUUGAUCGUUCCGCAGUCGGAGGAGACAUCGUCAUCGGAGCAAGUCGGUGUCAUAUCGACAGUGCAGGCAGCCGUGACAGCCCUGGGUUUCCGCAUAUCGGACUAUGAGUCUCGUUUAUCGCUCGGUUCUCUGGUUCUACUCGCACACAGUCCUUCAUACUCGUUCUCCGUUCCCAUGCUCACAUCCUUCUUCCCCAUCAUCUUGAUAUCUCUACAGUCCAACACUGCUCUUGAUGAGGUCCUCUCCCUCCUCAUCAACUCGAUUGUUCCAUUGCAGUCCCAAUCGCCCAGCGAGCUCCCACCCGACCUGAUCGUUCCGCUCGCGCAUGUUCUCCCGCCGCUCGCGAGUGUACAUCCAGAGCCAUCAACCCGGCAUCAAACAUUUCGUCUCCUUUCUGUUGUGCUCUCACUCGCACCGUCACCGCUCAGGCUACAGCUUCUAUAUGGUCUCUUGACAGACCCGGAUUCGUUGCCUCAGAUGCGCGUUGCGGCUGUGGGUCUGGUCAAGGAAGCUGUUUUAGAGGGGCUUUCGACUACAAUGGGCUCUUCGGAUGCAGCGCGGAACGUCUUCGCGUCACCGAUAUUCUUGCAGACGCUCGGGUCAACGAUCUUGCAAACCGAUCCGCCUGAAUUGUUCACGUCUGGCGAACAGCUCUCCCUAGCGGAGUUUCUGGAGAGCGCCGAGCCACUGAGACUCGUCGAAUGUCUCGCCUUAUAUUAUGUGCUCUUGCUCAGAGAUGUGCAGAACAGGACCGGUGUGCGAGACAAGGACAACCUCAGCAACGUUGAGCGCACGUUGCUUAGACCACUAAGACAGCAAUUCGAAGCUUGGAACCAUGAUGGAGAUUCUUCGCAUACUGGUGACUCAGAAAUGCAGUUGGCGAUCCUAGACAUGUGGCUCGACCGCGUCAGUGACGCAGUAAAGAGCAUAUAUGCGGUUUGAGGGGGUAGUGAGAGCUUGUAGCCGGUGGCACGUAUCAGUCCAACAGUCACUCUUCUAAGAUAGAUGCAUGAGCGUGUCUGUGCCUCGCUCUACUAGUUUUCGAC